AUGUCCAAUCACGACAUCCCAAUCAAAGUCUCUGACCUCAACAACCAUGAAUACAACGAAAACAUCCUCAAGCCUUCGCCUUCGCACUUCGAGCAGCUCUAUCUCGCGCCCGAGAAGCCCGUAGCAGGCAACCUCCGACUCACCUUCGGUAACCCGACUCCAGUCGCUCUUGCCGGUUUCCUGCUCGCCAACUCCCCAGCAACAGUCAUGUUGAUGGGCUGGCAUGGAGCUGGUUCAGGCGAGGGAAUUGCAAAUGCUGGCACGGGCAUGUACUUUUACUGUGCGGCUGUCCUGCUGUACGCAGGUGGUAUCGGCGAGUGGAUCCUGGGCAACACGUUCCCAUCUGUGGUUUUCUUCACCUUCGGCGGUUUUUGGGGCACUUUCGGCGCAACUCUUACUCCCUUCUACGAUGCAGUCAACGGCUAUCCAACCGCAGCAGGCUUCUACGAUAGUUUCGCCUUUUUCCUCAUAUUCAUGGCUGUGCUCUGUCUCGCAUACACGAUUUGUGCUCUUCGAACGAACAUCUGCCUGGUCUUGAUCCUGCUCUGCUUCACCAUCACGUUCCCGUUGCUGACAGCUUCGUACUUCGCCGCUGCUGGAGGUGCCGCGACUCUGGCCACGACGACCAGGAUCGCUGGUGCGGCAUUUGCGUUCAUUGCUAGCAUGAUUGCCUGGUACCUGUGGUUCUCCAUGCUCCUCGAUGCCGUGGACUUCCCUCUCGUCCUUCCAGUAGGUGACUUGACUAAGUAUGUCAAGGGCAGGAACGACAAGAAGAUGAAGGAUGCGGAGCAUAUGGCAUGA